GCAAUACCUCUUUCCUCUAGCCAGAGCCAGUCAUCCCUGUCAAGGAUGCCACCUCAGAUUUGGCCAUCAUAGCCCGGAAAGGCAGCCAAUUGGUGCGCAAGCACAGGGAGCAAAAGGAGCGUAAAAGGGCUCAGCAUAAGCACUGGGAGCUGGCAGGCACAAAACUGGGAGACAUUAUGGGGAUCAAGAAAGAAGAGGAGAAGGAUGAGAUGGUGACAGAAGAUGGCAAAGUGGAUUACAAGACUGAGCAGAAGUUUGCUGAACACAUGAAGGAAAAAAGUGAAGCCAGCAGUGAGUUCGCCAAGAAAAAAUCAAUCCUGGAGCAGCGACAGUAUCUGCCCAUCUUUGCUGUGCAGCAGGAGCUGCUCUCCAUCCUCAGAGACAACAGCAUCGUAAUUGUGGUGGGGGAGACAGGGAGUGGGAAGACGACACAGUUGACACAGUACCUCCAUGAAGAUGGCUACACAGACUAUGGCAUGAUUGGCUGCACCCAGCCCCGCAGAGUGGCGGCCAUGUCAGUUGCCAAGCGGGUCAGUGAAGAGAUGGGGGUGCGCCUGGGAGAGGAGGUGGGCUAUGCCAUCCGCUUUGAGGACUGCACGUCUGAGAAAACGGUGAUCAAAUACAUGACAGAUGGGAUCCUUCUUCGUGAGUCACUGCGAGAGGCUGACCUGGACAACUACAGUGCUAUCAUCAUGGAUGAGGCACAUGAGCGCUCACUCAAUACUGACGUGCUCUUUGGCCUGCUUCGGGAGGUGGUGGCCCGACGCUCAGAUCUGAAGCUUGUUGUCACCUCGGCCACCAUGGAUGCAGAUAAGUUUGCCUCCUUCUUUGGGAACGUUCCUAUUUUCCACAUUCCUGGACGCACUUUCCCUGUUGAUAUUCUUUUCAGCAAGACCCCACAAGAGGAUUAUGUGGAGGCUGCAGUGAAACAAGCCCUGCAGGUCCAUUUGUCUGGUGCUCCUGGGGACAUCCUUGUCUUCAUGCCUGGACAGGAAGACAUAGAGGUGACCUCGGAGCAAAUUGUGGAGCACCUUGAGGAGCUGGAGAAGGCGCCUGCUCUUGCUGUACUGCCUAUCUAUUCUCAGCUACCGUCAGACUUGCAGGCCAAGAUCUUCCAGAAGGCUCCGGAUGGGGUUAGGAAGUGCAUUGUUGCCACUAACAUAGCAGAGACCUCACUGACAGUGGACGGCAUCAUGUUUGUGAUUGACUCUGGCUACUGCAAGUUGAAGGUUUUCAACCCCCGUAUAGGCAUGGAUGCGCUGCAGAUCUACCCCAUCAGUCAAGCCAAUGCCAAUCAGAGGGCAGGCCGAGCUGGCCGAACAGGCCCAGGCCACUGCUUCAGGCUCUACACCCAGAGUGCCUACAAGAAUGAGCUGCUGACAACCACGGUGCCCGAGAUCCAGCGCACCAACCUUGCCAACGUAGUGCUUUUGCUGAAGUCCCUGGGUGUGCAGGACCUGCUGCAGUUCCACUUCAUGGAUCCACCCCCUGAAGACAACAUGCUGAACUCCAUGUACCAGCUGUGGAUCCUGGGGGCCUUGGAUAACACAGGUGGUCUGACCUCAACAGGACGUCUCAUGGUGGAGUUCCCACUGGAUCCUGCACUCUCCAAAAUGCUCAUUGUCUCCUGUGACAUGGGUUGCAGCUCUGAGAUCUUGCUCAUCGUCUCCAUGUUGUCUGUGCCUGCCAUCUUUUAUCGUCCUAAGGGCCGAGAGGAAGAGAGUGACCAAGUGCGGGAGAAAUUUGCUGUUCCAGAGAGUGAUCACUUGACUUAUCUGAAUGUUUACCUGCAGUGGAAGAACAACAGCUAUUCUACACUGUGGUGCAACCAGCACUUCAUCCAUGCCAAGGCCAUGCGGAAGGUGCGGGAGGUGCGUGCCCAGCUCAAGGACAUUAUGGUGCAGCAGCGGAUGAGCUUAGCGUCCUGUGGUACCGACUGGGAUGUUGUCAGGAAGUGCAUUUGUGCUGCCUAUUUCCAUCAAGCUGCAAAGCUGAAGGGCAUUGGGGAGUAUGUGAACAUCCGCACAGGCAUGCCCUGCCACCUGCACCCCACGAGCUCCCUGUUUGGCAUGGGCUACACACCAGACUACAUUGUGUAUCAUGAGUUGGUCAUGACCACCAAGGAAUACAUGCAGUGUGUCACUGCUGUGGAUGGAGAGUGGCUGGCAGAGCUGGGCCCUAUGUUCUACAGUAUCAAACAUGCUGGCAGGUCGCGCCAGGAGAACCGCCGCCGUGCCAAGGAGGAAGUGUCUGCCAUGGAGGAAGAGAUGGCUUUGGCUGAGGAGCAGCUGCGUGCCCGUCGGGAGGAGCAGGAGCGCCGUAACCCACUGGGCAGUGCAAGAUCCACUAAAAUCUACACCCCUGGGCGGAAGGAGCAGGGGGAGCCCCUGACGCCACGACGCACCCCAGCCCGCUUUGGACUCUAAGGAGGCAGCGCCCAUUGCUUUGAGGCUUAAAGACUUCCAGGAGCAGCUGAGCCUUAGGAGAGUGCCGAGCUCCUCUGAUCACUGUACUCUGUGAUGUGCUCUGCAGCUUGUGGCCCAGGAAGGCUUUGGUUGCUUGGCACUAAUUUUGCUACAGAACAGAAAUAAUUUUAUUUGUUUAAAGGUUGUCAGUCU